AUGGCUGAUUCCACGAACCCGGUGGUACGUGCUACGCUGGAAACCCCAGCGGCACGUUAAGUCCUCAGGGCAAAGCAGACCACCCUGAAUGACUCUGUUGUGGGAACACGCAGGGUCUGAGGGGUGUGUUAGCACAACAACUGCAUCGCUCAUGCAAUGGAUGAGGACUGGCGACAGCCCCACAUGUACCCGCACAACAUCUGUGGGUAACUUUGGGGGAUAUGCAGUUAAUGGACAUGCAUACAUUGGUGCGAUCAAGAUCAGGGGCAACUUGGUCAGUACAGCAUUGAGAUCGGCUAGAGGUCGCCCCGACCAUGACAUCAGAUGCGACUGUGGCGGCAGACCAGAGUCCUUGGGUCACAUCUUAAUCUGGUAAUGUCUGGUGCGGAAAAGAUUGGGUACAGUAUCCACCAUGAACCGGCAAUACCAACACCAGCAGGUAUUCAAAGGCCAGACCUAGUCCCAGUACGCAAUAGCAACUUAACAAUACUGGACGUUACAAUCGUUGCAGACAAUGCAGACCUUGAGAAGACCCACAAUGACAAAUGUGUCUAUUAUAAUGUUCCAGCCAUUGGAGAGUGGGCCCAACUAUGCUUUGAGCCUAGGCACAUUGCCUUUGAGGCUCUGGCUAUGAAUUGGAGGGGGCUUCUGGCCACUAGAUCUGCUACGGCAUUAUGA